CCAUAUAUCUGGCUCACUGGGCACCAUGGGAAUCAGCAGCUCCUGCACAGCUAUGGCUGAAGCUACCCUCCCCAGAGCCACCCUCCUUCAUUCGAGCUGAGUGUAUCAAAAGGGAAGAAGAAUUCUUUCCUGCAUGAAAACAAUGCCGACUGCUUGACUUUUGCUCCCGUGGGGCGUGCAGACUGCAGGGGAAUCUGCUGGGCAGUCCAAUCCUCGGAGCCCUUUCAUUGCCACAUUCAGGAAGUGCUGCUGCAGAGCAUUGUACGUGGUUGAGAGUGCAACUACGGCUCCCUAACCUGCUCAUUAUACAAGAAUAGAUCUGCUAAGCUCAAGUUAAAUCCAUUCCCCAGGGUCUGUCCUGCUAAAAGGGCCUAUUCCCAACUAUGGACUUCAGAAUGGCAUCCACCUUACACAAGGAGAAAGCCCUUUGGCAUGUUGCUGCAGCCUGUACUGUAUGCUUGCUAACAGUAAAUACAGGUAUGCUGGACGGUGUCUCUACAGAGUUGGGCUACAGUCACUACGCGGAAAAACCUGUCUCUUGGGUGCCGUCUUUUCUUGCCAUGCCCUGUAACUCGAUGGUUAAUCUUGGAUAUAUACUGGUGGGUGGAUACUGGCGCUGCCAAGAUAACAAGUCAGUGGGAAUGAAAGAGCAGACUGGGCAAUACCUAAAAAACAUAUUUUCCUGGAUGGCACUGAUAUACGGGCCUGUCCAGUGGGCCAGGAUCUGGACACAGUCGCACUACUCUGCUGUGCUGGAUCAGUGGUUUACACUGCCUAUAUUCUCCUGGGCCUGCAUCUGGUGCAACGCCAUUUUGGAAAAAUGGAGCAUGUGGCAAUUCCUUGCUGUAGAACUCUUCUCUUUCGCCAGUUAUUUCCUGAGCCUUCUACACCCCCAAGGCUUUGAAGUCGCUCUCGCUGCGCAUAUCAUAUGGGCCAUUGUGUCUGGGCUGAGAGCACAAAGCAGAUAUGGAGAUGCCUUGUCUAUGAGAUACUUAGCGCUUGCUUUGACUUCUUGCCUAGGCUUCGUGGGCCUGAAACUGCUUGAUCAUUGGCUGGCACAGUGGUUUGUAUUUCAGAGGUUUACAGGUCACUUCUGGUCCAAACUAUGUGAUAUUUUACAGUUCCAUUAUGCCUUCUGCUUCCUGACUCACUUAAGCCAGAAACAACACUUCAGGAAAAAGAAAUGAGGACACAACCGGC